GCCACUUCCGCACCAGAUCCAGACUCAACCUUUAGGUUCAGAGUCUCACUUUCUCUACCACAUCAGAGCGAAAAUGUGGAAUCUUGGUCAAUCGAUUUUGGGAGGAAAUGAAGAAGAUCGAGAAGAGUACUUGGAAGACUCCGAUGGCCUUUGCAAUCUCUCUCCAGUGCAAAGAAUGUACGGGUUUGCAGCUUGUUUGGUUGCUGGUUUCGCUUGUAUGCUCCUGUCAUUGAUUGUUUUUGCUAAACCCAUCAAAUUUGCAGUAUUGUUCACCUUUGGCAACUUGCUUGCUGUUGGAAGCACAGCCUUCCUAAUUGGGCCUGUACAACAAAUAAGAAUGAUGUUUGAUCCUGUCCGUAUCUAUGCAACAGCUAUUUACAUCGGGUUUGUUGUUAUAGCCCUCAUUUGUGCUCUCUGGAUCCAUAAUAAAAUUUUAACAAUCAUUGCAAUCAUAUGCGAGAUCUGCGCCCUUAUUUGGUACAGUUUAAGUUAUAUUCCUUUUGCUCGUGGCAUGGUUUCUCGACUGACGGUCCAUUUUUUUGACACGGAGAUUUAGAUUAUGCAAUUUUGAAUGUGAGUGUUUCUCAGAUUUACAUGCUGAACUCUUGAGGCUUUGGGGUUUAAUUUAUUCUUCCUCUUAUUGAUUAUGUUUGAGUUGGUAAAGAGAUUAUUUCUUUGGGUUGGGUCAUUUGUGCUUGUGAUGGUUAUUCUAUUGGGCUUGGGCAUUGUACAUUACUUGGUUUCUUAUUCUAAUUCCAUAACAUUUCUCUUGUUUCUCUUUUUGA